UCUGCUGAUCCACAAAGCCCUGAUAGCAGCUGGCCGUGUGGGAAAUGCACUUUUCGGAACCUCAGCGGUGCUAGCAGAUGUCGAGUUUGCGGGGCAGUGCGGACAACUGAGGGUCUUAAUGGUUCAUCUGGAAAUGAGGGACUACCGUCACCCUCCAGCACAGGAGUGAUCCCCAUACCAGCUCCCCGCAAGGCCGAGUGGGCCUGCCCGGCCUGUACCCUCUUAAAUGAGACUAGAUCCACACACUGUGUGGCUUGCCACACGCCACAGGUAUACUUGGCGCAGCACCACAAGCGAGGGGGGAGAAUGCUGCGGCGAAGAGAGAGUGUCAGGGCGGAGACACGAAGGCAGACGGACGAGGGGGAGGCCAAGGAGCUUUGGGAGAAUAUUGUCAGUUUUUGUCGAGAGAACAGGGUGAAUUUUGUGGACGACAGCUUCCCCCCAGGGCCUCGCUCCGUCGGCUUUCCGGAGUCUGACAGCGUCCAGCAGCGGGUA